AUGUCCUGGAAACUCAAUGUGGUAGUUUACUUGCUAAGCUUGAUCGGUAGUACGUUGUCAAACUUAUGCGAUAUAAACAACUGCUAUGAAAUUUUCCCAGAAGACAACAUACCUGGUGCCACAGUUAAUGAAGCGAUGGAAUUCUGUGCAGCGGGAGUUGGUGGUUUUCUGGCUUCUAUUCAUAAUGCAGAAGUGAACAGUAUGAUAGCAAAGCACUUGAGUGAAAAUGAAGAAAAUGGCUCAGCACUAAUAGGUAUUCGAUACUAUCCAAGCGAGAAAAAAUUCUUUUGGCUUGGUGAUAACUCUAUGGUAAAGUACACCAAUUUUGACGAGAACUUUGUCACGUCAGCACCGACCAAAGGCCAUUGUGCGGUAAUAACCGCUGCCGGUUUAUGGAUUAACAUUCACUGUAAUAACACCCGGAAUUAUCCUGCCCUAUGCGCUAUUCCAAAACGUAAAAGGUCUGAAAAACCAUGCACAUAUCUUCUUGCUGUUGGACAAGAGUAUCGUAUAGAAAUACAAGUUAUUGAUGCAGCAUUUUCUGAAAACAGCUAUAUUAACCUGUACCGCGGUUGGGAUCCCAGUGAAGAUUAUCUUGUUGAAAGGCAAUAA